UUGGGCCUGGCGCAGCGGUAGAGGCGGCGGAGGCGGCAGAGCGGGACGCGGGAGGUGGGAGCGGAGGGACCGGCAUGGACGUUUCAGGGCAGGAGACCGACUGGCGGAGCACCGCCUUCCGGCAGAAGUUGGUCAGUCAAAUUGAGGAUGCCAUGAGAAAAGCUGGUGUGGCCCACAGUAAAUCCAGCAAGGAUAUGGAGAGCCAUGUGUUCCUGAAGGCCAAGACCCGGGACGAGUACCUUUCUCUCGUGGCCAGGCUUAUUAUCCAUUUUCGAGACAUUCAUAACAAAAAAUCUCAAGCUUCCGUCAGCGAUCCUAUGAAUGCACUACAGAGCCUGACUGGUGGGCCCGCUGCGGGAGCCGCUGGAAUCGGCAUGCCUUCUCGGGGCCCAGGACAAUCCCUGGGCGGGAUGGGUGGCCUUGGCACCAUGGGGCAGCCAAUGCCCCUCUCAGGGCAGCCGCCCCCUGGCACCUCGGGGAUGGCCCCCCACGGCAUGGCUGUUGUGUCCACAGCAGCUCCACAGACCCAGCUGCAGCUCCAGCAGGUGGCGCUGCAGCAGCAGCAGCAGUUUCAGCAGCAGCAGGUGGCGCUGCAGCAGCAGCAGCAACAGCAGCAGCAGCAACAGCAGCAGCAGCAGCAGCAGCAGUUCCAGGCCCAGCAGAAUGCCAUGCAGCAGCAGUUCCAGGCGGUGGUACAGCAGCAGCAGCAGCAGCUCCAGCAGCAGCAGCAGCAACACCUGAUUAAAUUGCAUCAUCAAAACCAGCAGCAGAUGCAACAGCAGCAGCAGCAGCAGCUACGGAUGGCGCAGCUACAGCUGCAGCAGCAGCAACAGCAGCAGCAGCAGCAAGCUUUGCAGGCCCAGCCGCCACUACAGCAGCCACCUAUGCAGCAGCCUCAGCCUCCCCCUUCCCAGGCCCUGCCGCAGCAGCUGCAGCCGAUGCACCACCCGCAGCACCACCAACCGCCACAGCCCCAGCAGCCACCAGUUGCUCAGAACCCGCCAUCGCAGCUCCAGGCGCAGUCACAGACUCAGCCCUUGGUGUCACAGGCUGCGGCCCUCCCCGGACAGAUGCUAUAUUCCCAGCCACAGCUGAAACUUGUCCGACCUCAGAUGGUGGUACAGCCGCCGCAGGUGCAGCAGGUGCAGCAGGUGCAGCCCCAGGUGCAGCAGCAGACAGCAGUGCCGACAGCUCAGGCUUCCCAGAUAGUGGGUUCCGGAGUGCAGGUCAGCCAGAGCAGCCUCACCAUGCUGUCCUCACCAUCGCCGGGCCAGCAGGUGCAGACCCCGCAGUCGAUGCCCCCUCCCCCCCAGCCGUCCCCGCAACCUGGCCAGCCCAGCUCGCAGCCCAACUCCAACGUCAGCUCUGGCCCUGCCCCUUCCCCCAGUAGCUUCCUGCCCAGCCCCUCACCACAGCCCUCCCAGAGUCCAGUGACGGCUCGCACCCCGCAGAACUUCAGCGUUCCCUCUCCAGGACCUUUAAACACCCCUGUGAAUCCAAGCUCGGUCAUGAGCCCAGCUGGCUCCAGCCAGGCCGAGGAGCAGCAGUACCUGGACAAGCUGAAGCAGCUGUCCAAGUACAUCGAGCCCCUGCGCCGUAUGAUCAACAAGAUUGAUAAGAACGAAGACAGAAAAAAGGAUCUGAGUAAGAUGAAGAGCCUUCUGGACAUCCUGACAGAUCCCUCUAAGCGGUGCCCCCUGAAAACACUCCAGAAGUGUGAGAUUGCCCUGGAGAAGCUCAAAAAUGACAUGGCAGUGCCCACACCCCCACCGCCCCCGGUGCCACCAACCAAGCAGCAGUACCUGUGCCAGCCGCUCCUGGAUGCCGUCCUGGCCAAUAUCCGCUCACCCGUCUUUAACCACUCCCUGUACCGCACAUUUGUGCCGGCCAUGACAGCCAUCCACGGCCCACCCAUCACGGCCCCGGUGGUGUGUACUCGGAAGCGUAGGUUUGAAGAUGAUGAGCGGCAGAGCAUCCCUAAUGUGCUGCAGGGGGAGGUGGCCAGAUUAGACCCUAAGUUCUUGGUGAACUUGGACCCAUCUCACUGCAGUAACAACGGCACCGUCCACCUGAUAUGCAAGUUGGAUGACAAGGAUCUCCCAAGCGUGCCGCCGCUGGAGCUCAGUGUGCCUGCCGACUACCCCGCCCAGAGCCCGCUAUGGAUUGACAGGCAGUGCCAGUACGACGCCAACCCCUUCCUGCAGUCGGUGCACCGGUGCAUGACCUCGAGGCUGCUGCAGCUCCCCGACAAGCACUCAGUCACAGCCCUGCUCAACACCUGGGCGCAGAGCAUCCACCAGGCCUGUCUCUCCGCUGCCUAGCCACCCACCCACUGGGGACCAUGGGGGUAGCCGGCAGCCUUGUCAGGGCCACAGAGGACAUGCGCCUCAUGUUGGACAUUUCUAGGUGUUGGCUCCCAUAGAGAGCCUGGGCUUAGAUUAGCUUUCCUGCUUUUAUCUUCUGCCUUGGGGACCUGCCAAACAUUUUCUCAUACUUGUACGUGACUGGGGCAGGUGGCUGUGGAGCUGGCUACUUCAGUGGUGGGGUUGGGACCUCCUCCUACCCCAGGAGUCGGACAGGCCUCAGCCCUGUGUGCUCCUCCUUGGGCUGCUGUCCCCUCGGCUUCUCCAGGGCCCAUGUCCUUCCUCAGUAACCUGGGGGAGAACUCAGGGUCUUGUUAGAGCCUCUUGUGUAUGUGCCAGAAAACUUUUUGUUUCUGUAGGGGAACAUGGAGGGUAUAGGAAAGAAACCGUGAAAACACACACAGAAUUCUCUGGUCACAGUUUUGGGUUUAGACCCUUCCACCAUUGCCCUGUGGGGCACGCCACAGGGAAGCUCCUGGAUCCAAGGGCACCUGCUGCAUCUCAGAGGGAAAGUCGGCCUGCAGGCAGUUGGGAAUCCUCUGCCAUCACCUGGGCCUCAUAACCUCCUGGCAUUCUCCCUUUAAGCCAUGGGGGUCUGCUCAGCACUGUGGGGGUACCUGGGGAGCAGGGACACCUGGGUGGAUCCUGUACCUGGCACCACGCCCACUCAUAGGGCAUUUGGGCCUGUUCAUGGGUCAGGGCGGCAUCCUCAGGACCUGGUGUCCUCAGAGCCACUCUAGAGAGUGAAGGAUCCCUGACAGGGAGUCAGCCCACCAGCCCUCUGGCAAUGAAAGGUUUCCCCUUUUGUAUGUGCACUACCGUGUCAUCUGUGGUUCUUAUAAUAAAUUUAUUAUUCCUGUGUUUGUCA